GCAUAUGUGUAAGCACCGGCUCUCCGCCUGCCCUGAGGUUUCACAGUUGACUGGAGACCGUCCCCGACCUCAGAGAUCUUAGAGUUGGCCAAUGAGACACCAAUGAAGAGAAUACUGUAAGUGUUGUAAUAGAUAAAAUUUAUUGCAUACUUGCUGCAUGCCAGGAGCUGUUUGAGUAGUUUCACAGUAAUCCAGUGAAGUACGUCUGACUCCUGUCAUUUCAGAGAUGAGAAACUAAAGCACAACAUGAGUAAAAUAGUUGACCUAAGUAACACAGUCAGUGGCCGGGCCAGAGUGACAGUCCACACCAUCUGGCACCAGCCUGUGCUCCUAGCAGUUGGGCCGUGCUACGUGUUCUAGAACCAAGAUGGGUGCACUUUCUAAGAAGUUAUUUUAGAGGUUGUGACACUUAGGCCAAGUUUUAAAAGCCCUAAAAGAUUAGGGGAAGAGGGAAGAGAAUGGACAAAACUAAAGAGGAUUGAAAACAUGCAGGAAGCUAAGCACUCCAAAGAAUGUGAGGGACAGAAGGGGCAAUGGACAGAGAACGUUGGGGCUCUCACUGGCUUCUGUACAGGCAGGGAGCCCCUCUGAGCCUUUACAAGGGGGCUGUCAGAACCUCUGCCUUCAGAAGUGUCCGGCUGGCUGUCUUGCGGAGUGUGGAGAAAGCUGGUCGGGGAGGAGGACAGGAGGUAUUGCCGAAGCCCAAUUAGGACCUGAGGGAGAGACCUGCGUGAGGCUUUGGAGGUGCCAUCGGCAAGACGCCAUUGAACAGACCAAGCUCAGCAGGGCCGUGGUGGUGUGGUCCUUGGCUAAUCACACAAGUGGCACUUCACUGGUUUUUGUGGUUUUUUAGUCUCUUGCACAAUAUUGAAAGGUUUUUUAAGACAGGAGCUUUAUCAUUUCUUUGGUGUUCAUUUAACACCAGGCAUGUUGUCAUUAUUUUUGACAAAAAGACUCUCCAGCAUCCAUGUCCUGUUUCCUCAUUUAGCCAAGCUCCACUUGAAAUGCUGGGCAUCCUCUGAGAGGUCACUUCAUAGUGCCCCCAUGUGACACGGAGGCCGUCAGGUGCUGUGGUGGGAGCUUCAUGGAUGGUUUUUAGUUAGAAGAGCGCUAAACUAUCCUAGGAAGGAUUUCAGGAGAUGGAGUCUGCAGUGCCCCUGUGCUACCUGCAGUCUCUGCCCUCUGCCUCUGUCCUACAAGAACGAUUGUCUCUUUGGCAAAGAGGGAAGUAGGGAGGGGGUUGGAAAAAAUUCAUCAGGAAAUACCUUUAAAAAACAGCCUUUCUUGUCUUGUUUUGAUGCCUGAGAGACCAGGAAAUGCAGAAGUCUGUGAUGUUAAGCUGCCUGGUCAUUCCCAGGCCGUCGACCAGCUGUGAGACCCGUGGAGCCUGCAGAGCUCUUUACAGGUGUCCAGUUAGUGCCUCGGCGCAGACCUGACCUGGGCCACGAGAUCACAUCAACUCAAGGGUGAAUACACACGUAACCAGCCUGAUGCUGGGGUUCAGUUCGGCAGUUCCUGAGAUGCCAGCACGCAAAGCUGUAGGUCUGGGGGGAGAGACACAUGGAUUUGAGUCAUGGGCUCUGUCAUUUUGUAGCCUUUUGGCCUGGCACGGGUUAAUUUCUCUGAGCCUGGUGCCCCUUCUGGAGAACAGUCUCAGGAUUUGGGGAAAUUUGAUGAGCUAACUGCACAUAAACAGCAUCCGCCUUAGAGUUGACACUCGGUGCGUUGUAGUUUUAGUCCCUUAUACCCGUGGUUAUCAGCCAAAGCAAGAGUUUCGGAAGAGCGUUUCCAUACAGUUAGGGAGUUACUACCCCGUAUUAAAAUCUGGGGGAGAUUUCCUUAUUUCUUUACAUGACCACAACAACUUGUUUGAAAAGAACUACAAAUAUAAUCAUGCAGAGAAAUUAUAUUAUUUUGUAGCUGAUUAUCUGUUAAGAGAAUUCCCAUGUCGGGGGCCUAAGUGGCACAGUCGGUUAAGUGUCUGCCUUCAGCUCACCUCAUGAUCCCGGGGUCCAGGGAUUGAGCCCCAAGUUGGGCUCCCUGCUCAGUGGGAAGCCUGCUUCUCCCUCUGCCUCUGCUGCUCCCCCUGCUUGUGCAUGCUCCCCUGCCCCCUUAAAUAAAAUCUUGAAAGAAAAAAAAAAAAGAAUUCCCAUGUAAAGAGAUGCUGAAGUAGUAGAGAUGCAAGGAGUAGUAGCUGGAGGGGUGGGGCCCACACCAGACUUAAGGUGGAGAGCCAGCUGGGGGUCUGCGUGCCUUCUCUCUCUGCAAUGUGGAGCCCGUGUUGGGGGUUGAGUCACAGUGGGAUGUGUGAUGUCAACUGCCUCCCUUGCUGUCCACCAAAACCUUCAGUAAAGGCUAGGGUUCUCAUGAAUGGCAUAGAACGCAGCCUUCCCCAUGGCAAGGGCUCUCUACCAGUGAUAGUUCCCCAACGUAAAACUCCCCUAUGUCUUUGAUAGCCCUAGCGGAUUGCAUCAGGGAUUUACUUACCUGAACGAGUAACUCCCAACUGUUCACUAUCAAGUACACAUUUAGGGGUGCCUGGCUGGCUCAGUCAGAAGAGCAUGCGACACUUGAUCUCAGGAUCGUGAGUUCGAGCCCCAUGUUGGGUGUAGAGAUUACUAAAUGAACUUCACAUACUUACUGUUCUCCAUAGAGUCCAGGUCUUCAAGCAGUCCUCAAGCUUCAAAAUGUAAAUAAAUCUGAGGAUCUUGUUAAUAGUGCAGACCUGAUCCCAAAGGUCUAGGGGGACCUGGAGUUCUGCACGUUGAGCCAAGUUCCAAGUAAAGGCCACUGUGGUGCUUUGCAGACCACCUUCGAGCAGCAAGGUUUUACAUUAUGUCCAGAAGUACCUGGUGGUAUUAAGUGGUAAUUCGCACCUGUAUUUGUUUGUUUGUUUUUUUUUACCAACUACCCACCAUGGUGUUCAGGGAUUCUGAUCAGCAUGAGAUGUGGCUAGUGGAUUGCCACCCUUGAGAUGACAGGACCUCCCAGACUGCUUACCUCCCAGUUUUAACUCUUAAGCACUGUCUGAUUCCUUUCAGUAUUGUGAAAUACUAAGUGUCUUGAGGAUGUCCAGCCGCAUUUCCACGUAGUAGCUUCCUUGGUGGCUGGAUCCCCAGCUCAGUCCCCACUGCAUUACCCAGCACAACCAGACGACCUGGAGAGCCCCUAGUCCUUUUGACCCUAAUACUCUGGAACCAGAGUCUUCUCAGACCAGGAAGGGGAAAUCUUGCACGGCCCUCCUUUUCUCUGAGCAGCCACAUAAGGUGGCACAGGGCCUUGCCUUUCCUAAGGAGAUGUGUUUUGUGGUAAAUUGCACAUAACCAAAUUUACCAUUUAAACCACUUUCAAGGGUGCAGUUCAGUGGCCCUAAGUACCUUCACAUUGCUGCACAGUCGUCACCAUCCAUCUCUAGAACUUUCUCAUCUUCCCAAACCAAAACUCUGUACCGAUUAAACACUAGCUGUUCGUUCCUCCCCGCUGCCAGUGCCUGGUAACCACCAUUCUACUUCCUGUCUCUGGACUUGUCCACUCUAGGCACCUCAGCCCUGCAGUCAUACAGCAUUUGUCCUUUUGUUUCUGGUCAGGGCAUACAUUUUUAAUCUUAUCAGCAGGAGACCUGGCCUAAACAGUUACUGUUGCUCUUUAACCCACACUGAUGGAGUCCUCAGUUAUUCAGCUGUGAGACUUUCCGUUGGUGAUGUGUCUGCUGAUGGUUAUUUAUGAACAAUUGAGGGCAGUUUAAGAAAAGCAUCAAAUAGGAUUAAAAGCAUCAAAAGACUGUGCACUCGACUGACCCAGACGAAAUACUUCAUGAGGACUCUGGGGAGCAACAUCAGGCAAAACGAAGUUAAAUAUAUAGCACGACCCUCACUCAUGUCAGGGAACAAAGCCUAGCAACGUAAUUUGGUGCUCCAGCAGAUCCUCUCUUCCUCCUUUUUUUCUUUUCAAUGCAGCCCCAAUCCACUUCCGGCUGGACCAUGUGGGCAGACGUAGGAAGCAGUCUGUCUCCGAGUAACUGCCUCGAUUUCUCUUCUGCAUCUUGUCCAUAUCUAUAGAAGGAAAAACUUGACAAUUCAGCUACUUAAUGUUCACCUUUUAGAAUAAAAUGUCCAUCCUCCCCAUUGCACCCAUUACCCUCAUGCAGGAAGGUAAUUCCCUGACCCUUCGUGUCAUGCAGCUGUUUAUGUGACCUUGAGGAGGUCCAUAUGUCACAAUGCACACUCACCAACACUUACUAAGCAUUGGCAUUGCCAGAUGCCAGGCUAGUCCGGGAGGUACCAGAUGAAUGAGACCCAGCCCUGCUCCCAGACACGCAGGUUCGUGAACAAGAUGUCCACAUAAUUAUAAAGCAAAUGGUAAGUGCUGCAACUGACCCACUCCUAGGGCAAUGAGAGAAGGGAAAGGAAAAUUCGGCCAGCUUUGGGCGUGGCUAGGAGAGGAAGGGUGAAGCGGGAGGCAGAGACAGGAGAGGCUGACACUGAGAGAUGAGGUGGUAGCUGGGUUCAUGUCUACAAAUCAGGGUUGGGAAACUGAUCUCCUUCCAGCAGGUCACAGGAAGCUGGACCCAGCUGGUCAUGACAGCCUCACCAGUCCCCCUUCCCUUGGGGACUUCACUUAGCAGCCUUGCCCUCCUUCUAGAUUUCUGUGCCUUCUUUCCCCACCAUGUUCCCUCUGACCUAUGUCCCUGACUUGGCUGUACUCUCACUAUGCCUGUCCCCACAUCCAGCCCUGAGAGUGUAUGGCUUCAGUAGAGAUGGAGAUCAAAAAAUGGUAGAGGGGCGCCUGGGUGGCACAGCGGUUAAGCGUCUGCCUUCGGCUCAGGGCGUGAUCCCGGCGUUGUGGGAUCGAGCCCCACAUCAGGCUCCUCCGCUGUGAGCCUGCUUCUUCCUCUCCCACUCCCCCUGGCUUGUGUUCCCUCUCUCGCUGGCUGUCUCUAUCUCUGUCAAAUAAAUAAAUAAAAAAUCUUUAAAAAAAAAAAAAUGGUAGAGCGCUUCCUUUCCCGGUUCCAGAACCAGCAUAUGCAGACAAGCUGUUUCCCUUGGGCCCAAACUGAAUGGUGGAAAUAAAUGAAUGCAUCAAACUGGCUUCCAUCCAAAGCUGCCAGGUGUUAACAUCCUCCCCCUGCCCAAGCAGGCCUGUCAGCCCAAUGCCACCGAGCAGAUAUCGUUCGCUGGGGGCCAUCCACAGAGCUCAGAGGACAGUCAGCAUUGAUCCGUGGCAAUUCCUUUGGAUGGAAUUGCACUGUUCGAAUCCAUCUCACCACCUCCUACCCCAGCUGCUACCCACCCAGGGUUUUUUCUUCCUUCUUCCCUUCCAUACAUGCUACCUUACAUUUCAGGCGCUAGGGGCACCCAUAAGCACACCGUGGUGGUGUGGACGCCAGACAAAACUAAGGCUGGUGACCCAGCAAGAGCUUCUGGACUGGCCUCGGAUCCUGCUCAGUACAUAAGCCAGUUCCCCGGAGAACAGGUUGCUGAGCAGAACAGUGCCCCUCUUCUCUGGUUCCUGUCUUUGGGAAUCUGGCUCCUUCUGGGAUUCUGUCCUAUGGGUCAAGUGCUGCCGCCUCCACCAAGCAAACCAGAAUCAAGCAGAGAUGCUCCCUGGAGCCUACAUCAGGAAUUAGAGAAUAAAAUCCCCCAUAAUGUUUCUCAGUAGUGACACCAAUCCCGAUGAAGACGGGACAGUGGCAGAGUCUCCCAGAUGUUCGCUGCCAGAAUUGUAUGCUUUUGCUAAGGAUUUUAAUAAAGAGAGCAAGAAAUCAAAUCUCCUAAAAACUCACAGUAUUUCACCUAGUGAAGCACAGAAAAUGCUUAGUCAAAACCUGAAUGCCAUGUCGUUCACCAGUGGAACUGAUGGUGUGAGGGAAAAAGACCUCCAGCCUGUUUUCAUGUGCAAGCUGGUGAGAAAAGAAGGGGAGAAACCAGACUCUAUGACCGAACUGCUGUACCGAAGCUUGUUGACCAGCUCUCUGUCUCCGGUGGAGAGACUCACCAGAUCCCAGCAGAGGCUCCUUCAGUGUGGGAUUCCUCCACCCGCACACACUUUUCCCUAUGAGAUUCUCAUCCAUCACUCCAAAUCUUUGUCACCGUUCCCCGUCCCCGAAGAUGAGAAGACUCACAGUGCCAACAUAUUACGCAUGCUGGGCAUUUCCAGAAUCAGGCCAGAAAAUUUUAUCUUUGAAGACAAAAUUGCUAAGUACUUCUUAGUUGAUCCAGAAAAACAAUUCAUGGAUCUAAGGGAUCUGGAAUGGAGAUACUACAAGGGGCUUGCGUCGUGGAAGCACAGUACUUCAGAUUCAUUCAUAGACAUAAAUUACAACAGUGAGAAGAGAUUUGUGGGGAGCCAUGAGAUGCCUGGUGUCAUUUACCCCCCUGUAGUUCGUAAGUCUUCAGUCAUUUACCCUCAAGUUGAUUAUCCAAAAAAAAAAUGCAGCUCCUUCUUAAAUUAAAUAUGUAGUUUAUUAAAAUAUUUUGGAUGUGGAUUUUGUUUUUGAGAGCAUUGAACUUAUAUGUGAAAAGUAAAGAAGCAGAUGGAACAUAGGAACUGAGUCUAUACAAUAUUCAUAUAAAGUCCAAAAUUAAACCCUUAAUAUAGAGAACAAGAUUCAGAUUGAUCUGCUCAUAUAAGACCAGGUUUGGACCUGUGAAGCCCAUCUGGACCAGGGGUGGCAGAUCUAGAUCACGUGAAAAGUAAGGGCACCUAUGAAGGAGAACUACCAAGCUCUUGAAAGAGCCCUUUAAAAUGUAAUACACAUGAAGAAGUGUAUUAUCAUAAAAAAAAAAAGUUGGCAAAUUCAACAAAUCAAAGAACUAAUCCCUGAGGAUCUAGAGAUCAGUCCGAGAACUUAAAAAUAAUAUGUUAACUGCUUAAAGACAUGAGGAAGGAAGUGGCAUUUACAAAAUGAGAAUAGGGAGAUUUGAAAAAAAACCAAAUUGGAAAUCUUGAAAGUGAAACAUAUAAUUACUGAAAGUAAAAGAAUAAUCAUCAUAACCCUCAAUAAAUUAUCUCAAUGGUAUACCGAUGUAUCUUAAGAGAGAGGAUUAACGACUUGAAAAAGAGCCAAGAGAGAAGUUUCCAGAUCGUGGCACAGUAAGACAAAAGGAGUAAAUCCUGGAAGAAGGAUCGUGGAGGGUAGCAUGAGAAGUUUAGAAGUGUAUCCAGUGAAAGUUGCAGAAGAAAAGAGGGUGAACGGUGAUAUUUGAAAAUGAAAUGACUGAUAGUUUUCGAGAAAUGAAGUGAAUGAAACUUGAAUGGAAAAACCUCACUGAAUGAUUGGCAAGAAAAUAAAAAUAACUCUCUCCCCAGAAGCACCGUAGCAGAACUGCACCACAGUAAGCGAGAAAGGAAAACACAGCCUACGAAAGAGAGAGCGAUGGAUUGCACACAUACAGGUGGCAGACUGACAGGGCAGCUUCCGUUAACAAUACAUGUCAGAAAGUGAUGGUGUCACCUACUCAAAAUGCUGAAGCGUGAAAUUCACCACCCAGCCAGAUGCUCCUCAAAGAGCAGGGUUAAAAGAAAUACGUUUUAAAAAAAAUGAAAAAGCCGAAAUUGUUUACCACCCAGAAUCUCUUACUGAACAAACCACGAGCAAAGUACGAACUCUAGCAAGAACCCAGGGGGAGUGCAAGAAAUAAUGGUGAGCAAAUAAAUGGUAAUAAUAUAUGUGAAUGGUUGUGUAGAUACUAAAAUAUAUUUCUGGAAUCAAGUUGCUGGUAUUUUAUUUAGAAAGUCCGCUUCCAUCUGGGGCGCCUGGCUUAGUCGGAGGAGCGAGCAACCCUUGAUUUCGGGGUUGUAAGUUCGUGCCCCACGGUGGAGGUAGUGAUUAUGUAAAGAUGAAACCUUUCAAACAAAUUUUUUAAAAGAGGGGCGCCUGCGUGGCUCAGCUGGUUAAGCAUCUGCCUUGGGCUCGGGUCACGAUCCCA